UGACAGACAUACAGCUCUGUUUCCUUUCCCGUAGGCUCCUGUGUCUGUGCAGUCAUGUCAAAGUGGCUGGUUGAUGGUGAAGUGCUGGUGGGUCAAGGCAGUGGUGAGGCGUUACCCAUGAGCCCCAAGCUGCGCAGUCACCCAGUUGGGAGCCCCAGACAGGGCCGGGGCCGAAGUCCACAGACUUCACCCAGCACCAAGGAAGCUGUGUCUGGAAGCCCGCAGGCCGAAACUAUGGACAAGGCCAAGGAGCUGUUUGUGUUGUGUGACAAAGACGGGAAAGGCUUCAUCACAAAGCGGGACAUGCAGAGGCUACAAGGAGAGUUGCCGCUGUCCCCUGAGCAACUGGAGACGGUCUUUGAAAGUCUUGACCGAGAAAGGAAUGGAUUUCUGACUCCUGCUGAGUUCAAGGCAGGACUUGGUGAGCUGGUGGGACUGGAGGAGACCACAGAGGAGAGAGAGGUCGAAGCAGAAGAGGAACGGGAACCAUUGGACUUGUCCCAGGACACCACAGCGGUUAGAUUUGUAAACGUCCUGGGGGAGCUAGGCACAGACAAGCUCUUCAGAGAUCAGCAGGAGCUCUGUUCUCUGUGGUGUGAACUCCAGAGAGAGAGACCAGAGCUGUUGAGCAUCCUUGAAGGCAUCCUGGUCCAUGCAGUCUCCCAGUUACAGGACUCCAUCAGAGAAAGAGACAGCCUGGAACAAGCUCUACGCAGGCGAGAGGGUGAGCACGACCAGGUUGUUCGAUCCUUAUAUGAAGAAAUGGAAAGCCAAGUGAGAGAGGAGAAAGAGAAACGCCUUGCUCAGGACAACAUUAGACAGAAGAAGAGGGGGCAAGAACUUCAGGAGGAACUGAAGAUAUGGGAGCAGGAUUUGGAGAACGCUCUGAGCAAACAGAAAGAGCUGGAGUCCAUAAUUCGGCAACUGAGCUGUGAGCAGGCAAACAUCAAGGACCAGAACCAGCAGCUGCAGCGCCUCAAUGUGCAGUUACAGGAGCAGGUGGAGAGCAGCAGGGAGCAGCUGCAGGCCACACUGGGCCAGCUCAGCCUGUUGCAGCUCAACGCUGCUCAGGAAGAAAUGGCCAAACAGAGAAAAGUGAUGAAGGUGUCUAGAAACAUGCAGAAAGAGAAGGAAAGUCUCUUAAGACAACUGGAGUUAUUAAGGGACAUGAAUAAAAGGCUGCGAGAUGAGAAAGAUGCCCAGCAGUCACAGAAGAGGAAUCCUAAUGUCAAACAGAGUUUGCAGAAGAAAGGGUCAAUCAUAGGUAACUACUUUCUGCAAGACAAGCCACUGAAAAGAGAGCUGAGCUCAGACGGUGAGCUGGAACAGGGCGGAGACAUGCCAGUUUCACCCAAGAGACACCAGCUGUCAUCCACGGUCUUGUGUGAAAGUGCUGAUGGCAUCCAAGUUCAGAGUAACGUUGUCAGCCCUCAGCGAGUGUUCAAGGUGGUGUUCCUGGGUAACUCCGGUGUGGGAAAGAGCUCCUUCAUCCAGCACUACAGCUCAGGACAUUUCUCCUGCCCAAUGAGCGCCACCGUCGGAAUAGACUACAGGAUGAAGAUACUGACUUUGGGCUCCACCACUAUCGCGCUGCAGCUCUGGGACACUGCAGGACAGGAAAGGUUUCGCAGCAUCACUCAGCAGUACUACCGUAAGGCUGAUGGUAUCCUCGCCAUGUAUGACGUGACUCAGUCCCCUUCCUUCACCGCUGUCAGAGGAUGGAUUGACUCUGUGAAGGAGAAGAUGUGUGAAGAUGCCGUGCUAAUGUUGCUGGGGAACAAACUGGACCUGGUAGGCAGUCAAGGGAGAAAAGUCACGACACAAGAAGGGCAGACAUUGGCACAGCAGCAGCAGGCUGUGUUCUACGAGUGCAGUGCCAAGACGGGAUGUAACAUGGAGGAGCUGAUGACUCACCUGGCCGGGAUGUUACUUUCCCAGCAUGACCGCCAGUGUGGAGAUACAUUUCUACUGACUGAAGAGGCCAAAAGAGGCUGCUGCACAUAGAGAGCUUGUCUCCAGACCAGGAGGCUUU